AUGAACAAGUGGGGGAUUAUUGAAAUUGAGCUGCGAAACGUCUUAAAGAGAGCGACUUUGUACGCGACUCAUCCCAAGGAUCGUUCACAGCUUCACAACGAAUUUUCCAGGAAAUUGGAAAAUUUCGGCGCCGAGUGUUGGAACAGUCCCUUGUUGCUUAAUUUUUCGGCGACAAGAACCGGUAAAGCUGUUGGAAGAAGAAGUAAGGGGUGUCGUUGCGGUGAAAGUUGCAGAAGGCGGUAA